UGUCAGUAGUGACUCAGUUACUCAACUUGCUGAUGUGAUCACAUGAUCUGUUUUACUGCACCUUUCUUCAGGUAUCACCACUGUCCUGACAAUGACCACACUCAGCACCAUUGCCCGGAAGUCGCUCCCCAAGGUCUCCUAUGUCACAGCAAUGGAUCUCUUUGUAUCUGUUUGCUUCAUCUUUGUCUUCUCUGCUUUGGUGGAGUAUGGCACCCUGCAUUAUUUUGUCAGCAACCGGAAACCAAGCAAGGAUAAAGACAAAAAGAAGAAAAACCCUCUUCUUCGGAUGUUUUCCUUCAAGGCCCCUACCAUUGAUAUCCGCCCAAGAUCAGCAACCAUUCAAAUGAACAAUGCCACUCACCUUCAAGAGAGAGAUGAAGAAUAUGGGUAUGAGUGUCUGGAUGGCAAGGACUGUGCCAGUUUUUUCUGCUGUUUUGAAGACUGCCGAACAGGAGCUUGGAGACAUGGGAGGAUACAUAUUCGUAUUGCCAAAAUGGACUCUUAUGCACGGAUCUUCUUCCCCACUGCCUUCUGCCUGUUCAAUCUGGUUUAUUGGGUUUCCUAUCUUUACCUGUAAAAGAGGUAUGGGUUUUAUUGAUGUGGGUCUUACUCACAAAAUCUCAUGGAGAGAAGAUGUCCUUUCUAAAGUCCACUUAAAUAAUCCCCUGUGUGGUUUAUGAUAAUUUGAGUUUGUUUCUAUGUUCUAACCUGCUAAAUUGUAUUAAUGUCAUAUUGUUUGCGCCCAACUCUCCUGCGGUAAGUGUAAUUUGAACUAUAAUGUUUGCUGUGUUUCAAACUUGCAAGGCAAAGUGAAAUUAGAGCAAGAACACUGAAAUCAACAAGAUAACUUUUAGCUACAACAACUGAAAUAGGGAAAGCCAUGACUAUUUACAGUGGUGGUGUUCGUAAUCAAGUCAAAAUACAAUUAGAUGCAAAAGGUCCAAAACUGUACCCUAUGUUCAUUUGGGGGCAGACUGUGGUAAAUUUGUUCCCAGUAGGAUAUCUCCCUCAUUUGAGAAAAAUCACAAGUCACUUUAAAUAUAAGAGCCUAGACUAGAAAUUGAUUACAACUCUGUCCCAAGAUAGGAAGAAAUUUUCCUCCACAUCACAUGUACAAUGAUGUAAAUAUUUCAAUAACGUAGAAUGCUUCAAGUUUAAUGCAUGCAUCUCUUUAGAGCCAAAAUAAAUGGAAUGAAGUUAACAUCGUAAAGCAUUGUCUUUUAUUCUGUGUCUUUGGGCAAUAAAAGAAUCAUGGAUGUAAUUAUAAGGGUUUGGGUUUGGGAUUGGAGGGAGAAAUUUUCUCUAUCUUCUCCCUCACGCAUGAAGAUUCAAACAGCUUAUUUUUUUCUUGUAGGACAUAUUAGAACACUUUAAGUAAAAUAGAGACUGAAUAAUUGACAUUUGCCACCUCUAAAUAUGCCCAAUUUCAUAGAGUACAAGGUAAAUGUGUGUGCUUGCCGCUAUUUUUUCUUCCUUUUAGGAUGAUAGAUUAUAAGAGAAGUUAUUCUCCAUCUCAAGAUCUGCUUCUAGUGAUUGUGAGUGCCUUGUGGGCAGAAUCUUUGUCAUUUCCUCUUUGGGUCCUCAGCACCUUAUAUAGUGCCUGGCACAUAGUUGGUGCUCAAAAGAUAUGGUUUGAAGUAAAUUGGCUUCAUAUGCUUAUGUGAAUCUCUUUGAGCUGGUCUGGAGCCAGUGAUUCAUCUUUUGAACAUAGGCAUUGUCAAGUGAUAUUUGAUCUUGUAAGAAUGAACAGAAGGAUCCAAAGAACUUUGCCUAAAAUAAAUUUUUGAUACUGAACAAAAAUAGCCAAAGUCCAUAUUCCUUUUAAAAUAAUACUUAAGUCCUAUGUUUAUGAAAAGAAAUGAGUCUACUAAGGCAUAAUUAGAGUUUGUAUAUUUUUUUCCAGGUUUGGGGAUGAGUUAGCUUUGACCCAUCCACAAUUCCACUUGAAGACAUAUGACAAGCAAGAGCAGGAUUGAUACCUGACUGGUGUUCAGAUGUGUUUUCUAUGCUCUGUAAAAAAAUAAUACUGAAAAUUAACUUUUAAAAAUCAAAGAACAAAUGAAUGACUUACGUGGAGGUUGAACCUCAUUCAACUAAAUGAUAAUCACAUGAAGUGAUUGUCCCAGACUUCAAACAUGAUGAGUUGAGCUCCACCUUUAAGUACUCAUCCUGAAUCCUUAUUUUUCUAAAAUAGCACCCUUUGUCAGUUCUUCUUUAUAGCAAUCAUUUCUUAAAGCCAGAAUUCAACCAUAGCCAGUAUAACGUGAUAGAUAAUCUAAAAAGAGUAGCAAAGAAAGAAUGGCUUUGUUAUAAAGCUAUUUAAGUCCUCAUCAAGUCAUCUGGAUGAAUCUUGAAACACAUUUAGCUGCCAAUUUUACAAAUCUUUAAUAUAUCAGUGCUCUCGUAUAUAACCUCAAACAUAUGUAAAUAGAAUUAAUUAUUUUCAUGUUUUGAAUUGUAACAUAUUUAAUGUUGACUCUUUAGGAGAGUUGUUGGCAAAUUUUCAAUGGUAAGAAACAUUAUUGUCAACUUGAAAUGUAUUCUGUAAUGGGGACACUCAAAAAAAAAAGCUAGCUUUCCAAUGUAUGCAUAGUACUGGCAAUAUAAAUAUAUGUUAUAUAUAAUCUUAAUUAUUAGCUGCUCCCCAUCUAUGUAUUUCAAUACCUUUUCACAAAGGGAAUUGCCUAAUAUGUGGACUUUUCCAAUAAAAAUGCUACAUUCUAA